AUGUCUUUUACGCUCACGUGGUGGGGGUUUGUCUUCCCUAACACAGGCCUUGCGCUUGCCACGACCGCAAUUGGGACCGUGCUGGAUAGUCCUGGUAUCAAAUGGGUCAGCUGCGCGAUGACUGCGGUGUUGUUCGUGCUGUGGCUAAUUGUGGGGUUUGCCCAUGGCCGGGCGGUUUGGAAGGGCCAGAUUUUGUGGGAGGGUAAGGACGAUGCUUGA